GUUGCCGCCUGCCCGUUGCGCUGGUUGGUGGGUUGGCUGGAAACCACACUUCCAUCGCCAUCUGUGCCAUUGUCAUUUCCAGUGCCCCAAGUACGCUUGUACCGCCCAUCGUUCUCAAUGGAUCUCACUCUGUAAGGGUUUGGGAGCGUAGAUCGUACCUAUCGCAGGGACAGACACACAGGCCACAGCAUUUCGACAGACAUUUUAUUUCCUGGGAGGUCGCAAAUACGUGACGUCACACAGCGCGACAAGGAAGUGGCGUUUGUAAACUUUUCUGAUCGUUCAGGUUACUUGAAGCUUCGACACGGGACACUCGGUGUUUUUUAAGGAAUGUUUCUCAGACAAUAUAUUCAUUCAGCUUAACGCAGACGUCUACAGCAGGAGGUAAAUAUUGGCGUUGGCGCUGCGUUGAAAAUAACACCAGUAGAAUGGAGGAGAAGAAGAUGAAACGAAAAAGUCCAAGACCCUCGACCAACCAGGCCGCUCCUCCGAUCACGACCCGAAAGAACCUCAGCUCUAUCUCAAAGACCUUAGGGUUUAUCGGCACCAGUGCACCCUCCAGCCAGAAGACGAAAUUUCGCAGAGGUGUGAAAGACAAGCCGAAGGUACAGAGCCGGCUGAGUAGCCAGUCUGCUCCGAUUCAGCACUCCUUCCUCACAGAUGUCUCUGAUGUCCAGGAGAUGGAGAAAGGCUUGCUAAGCCUUCUCAACGAUUUCCACUCAGGAAAACUACAGGCCUUUGGCAACGAGUGCUCCAUUGAUCAAAUGGAGCACGUCCGAGAGAUGCAGGAAAAACUCGCUCGGUUGCACUUCGAACUCAAUGCCGAAGUGGACGACCUGCCUGCGGACCAGCGCAAGCGUGCCUGCGAUUCCAACAUGGACAAACUUCUCCUAAAUCUGGAAGAGUUGAGUACUUCAAUACAAAAGCUGAACCUUGCUGAUAACCAAGAUACCCCCAGAACGUCCUCCAAAAUCUGAAAAGUUCAGUGAUGCCCGUCGUAGAUCUGUUCGUACACAUGUUACAGAGAAAACAGCAUUACGACCAGUAUUGUUGCAUCAAUGAACAUUUCUGGAACGGGUUUAUUUUCAACUGUUCGGUACAAAACCCAAAGUUUUUUUAAACUAACGUCUUAAUGUAGACUACUUCUGUAUCUUUACUAACGCUUUACUGUAAAUAUCGCCUUACCGUUGUGCAAUACGAGAACGUUCGCCAAUAUCACUAUUUCACUUUAUUUCAUUAACAUAUUUCUGAUUAUUUUUAAUGCAUAAUGAAAAUUUUCAUAAAUAAUUCGAAAUGUUUUCAUUGAGUACAGUGUUUUGACAUGAAUCGGUUGAGGGCAUGUUGUUUUCAGGAAAACUAAGGAGUAUUUGCCUUAAUGCAACUGUGAGAGUGCUGAGAAUUUUUCUUUUGACUUGCAUUUGUGUCUGCAUGGUAAAAUAUUUUUUUUAUAACAAUCUACGCUACAAAUGUAUUUUAUUUAAAAGGUGAUGUGGGUUUCCUUUCUAAUAUAUUCUACCAUAAUUACAUUCUGGUGGAUUCAUUUUAUUGAUGCCAUCAAUAAAGUUUAAUUACCAAUGA